AGAGAGAGAUUUUUUUUUACGAACAGCUCGAGCGGAGCUGGCUAGUACGAGGCACGAGGCGCUUCGAACCGACCACGCUUAUUCUCUCGUUCGCCGGCGGUCGUGACGCGAUGAAGUCGAUCCUGAGCGGAGUGCUGGCGCUGAGCGUCUUGGCGGCAGCGCGGGCCGGCCUGCUGCUUCACGUGCCCGCGUGCCCGGAGCCGCUGGGCGUGCAGACGUACGCGCACCCGGAGCUGUGCGACCACUUCUUCAUGUGCACCAACGGCACCGUCACCCUGGAGAAGUGCGAGAACGGCCUGCUGUACGACGGCAAGGCUGACGUCUUCAACCACUGCAACUACAACUGGGCCGUCGACUGCGGCGCGCGCAAGUACGAGGACGUGCCGCUCAGCACCCCGGGCUGCCUGUACCAGUUCGGCGUGUACCCGGAGAGCGACGUGUGCAGCACCAACUACCUCAAGUGCGCGCACGGGGUGCCGCUGCAGACGCCCUGCGAGCCGGGGCUGGUGUACGACGAGAAGAUCCACGGCUGCAACUGGCCCGACCUGCUGCUGGAGCGCUGCAACCCUGAGGCUGUGAUCGGCUUCAAGUGCCCCACCAAGAUCCCCUCCAACACCGUGGCCGCCAAGUUCUGGCCCUUCCCGCGCUUCGCCAUCCCGGGAGACUGCAGCCGCCUCAUCACCUGCGUGAACGGCUUCCCGCGCCUCAUCACGUGCGGCGACGGCAAGGUGUUCGACGAGUCCAGCCUCACCUGUGAGGACCCCGACCUCGUGCCCAAGUGUGCCAACUUCCUGAAGAAAUAAGCAAAAUAUAGUUAAGAUCUUCAAGCAUCAUCUGGAAGAAAUCAUCAAAAUUGAGACGAAAUUAUCUACUCUGCAGGUGUUGAAGUGAGAAUAAAGUAAAACACAGUUGUUAUUGAAUUAAAUCAAUCUAAAUUAUUGUUGCUAUUAUCAUCAUUCACUGAAUGAUAUCAUUCAGUGUUUCGUCAUAUUCAUUACUGAGAUGUUUCUUUAAUACCUUAAGGAACAAAUUUUUUUUCCUGUACAGUGGAUAAGAACUAAAAAUUUUAAAUCUGUUUUUGUGUCUGUAUAUAUUUUUUACAAUAAAUAUGUAAAAUUUGA